AUGGGCUGCAACUCGACCGAUCUAUUUCCGAGGGAUCUCUGUGGUGAACUUGCAGAGUUUCAAACCAACGCACCGUCGCAUAGUUUUAGUUAUAGCAGAAAAUGUAUUGAAAAUGCGUUUGGCCGCAACUUAAAUGAAAUAUUUGAAAAGUUUGAGGAGGAACCGGUGGCUUCGGGUAGCAUCGCUCAAGUUCAUCGAGCUACACUAAAGUACAAAUACCCUGGUCAGCAAAUCAAGAAGCUUGUUGUUGUAGCGGUGAAGGUCCGACAUCCGGGGGUUACUGAAGCAAUUAGAAGGGAUUUCUUCAUUAUCAAUCUCGUUUCGAAGAUUUCGUGGAAGCGGCACAUCAUGAUAGUAACUACAUUAGUUCUCGAGGGGUGGCAAAGGAGACUUGAUCCCGAUUAUGAUAUGCUGCACGCGUUGCGGACGCUGCUAUUUAAAGCUGACUGGGCAGAAGAGUCUCUAGCUUAUGCUAUUCAAGGACCGGUGGCUCCAUAG